GCUGGGCGAGAAGCAGCAGCCUCUCGCCCCCCCCCCCCCCGGCGGAGUCCGGACACUAGGUUCAUUUCCAGUCGGAGCCCGCAAGCCCUCCCUCCCUCUAUGUCCCCCGCUGGCUGCUCACUCUGAUUGAGCUGCGUUCACCAUGCUUCACAACGGUAACGACUCAGCCCCGUUAUCGCCCGCUAAAUUGAGUAAAGCAGCUGGAGCCGGAGCCCCGAGCCACCUCAACCACCCACCGUCCCGGCCCGAGAUCAAGAAGAAUGCCAUCACUGAUGAUUACCGAGUGUCCACUAACGUCCUGGGGCUGGGAGUCAAUGGCAAAGUCUUGGAGUGUAUCCACAAGAAAACAGGAGAGAAGUGCGCCCUGAAGAUUCUCUAUGAUAGUCCUAAGGCACGACGAGAAAUCGAUAUGCAUUGGAGAGCCUCCAGCACCCUCCACAUUGUCCAAAUCAUCAAUGUCUAUGAGAACAUGCACCAUGGAAAGCGCUGUCUCCUGAUAGUGAUGGAAUGUAUGGAAGGAGGUGAAUUGUUCAGCAGGAUCCACGAUCGAGGCGAUCAGGCAUUUACCGAGAGGGAGGCCUCUGAAAUAAUGAGGGACAUAGGGAGUGCUAUUCAGUACCUCCACGCAAUGAACAUUGCUCACAGGGAUGUCAAGCCAGAAAACUUGUUGUAUACAUCGAAAGAUGUGAAUGCGAUCCUCAAGCUCACGGAUUUUGGGUUUGCUAAAGAAACAACACUUCACAACUCUCUAGCGACACCAUGCUACACACCAUACUAUGUUGCUCCAGAGGUCCUGGGUCCUGAGAAAUAUGACAAGUCGUGUGAUAUGUGGUCCCUGGGAGUGAUCAUGUACAUUCUGCUGUGUGGGUAUCCUCCAUUCUACUCCAAUCAUGGCCUGGCCAUCUCUCCGGGAAUGAAGAAAAGGAUUCGAAUGGGACAGUAUGAGUUUCCAAACCCGGAGUGGUCCGAAGUCUCUGAGGAGGCAAAAGACCUGAUCCGACAGGUGCUGAAGACCGAUCCCACCGAGCGAAUGACAAUCACCGAAUUUAUGAACCAUCCCUGGAUUAACCAAUCGAUGGUGGUUCCUCAGACUCCGCUCCACACAAGUCGAGUGCUUCAAGAAGAGAAAGAUAUGUGGGAGGAGGUGAAGGAUGAAUUAACAAGUGCACUCGCCACGAUGCGUGUUGACUAUGAUCAGGUGACGAUUAAGGACUUGGACAAAACCAGUAACCCCCUUUUGAACAAGAGACGGAAGAAACAGACUUCAUCAGCGCGGUCCUCGUCAGCUAUCUGCAGCAAUCAGUGAAGAGAGAACCCAACAGCAACAGAACUGGGGAUGCUUUAUUGAACAUGGCGAGAAACCGGAGGUUUUUAAAACUUCAGUGAGCAGCCUGAGCAAAGGCUGGAGAAAAAUGGGGAGUGGUUUCUACUGUCAUAGACAACAGAACUGGGAGGUUGAAGGCAGCUCCACUGUGCUGCUGCUGUCCUCUGCAUCCCAGUCCCCUUCCUUUCUGUACUGUUGUGUCGCAUUUUUUUAAUAUCGUGAACUGUUUUAAUUAGGUUCAAACUUUGUAUUGGCAUUGAUGAAAGAAUGACCAAGGAGGAGAAGGUAAGCUGUGACGAUGUAAUUUAGUGGGGAGGCCUCACUUGUGAGUGGUAGGUGUGCUGUAAACUGUGCGUGCUACAUGGAAUUUUGGGCCUUUCUGCCUUGAAUCAGCAAUGGUCCAAAUGCCAUCUGUGAUUUUCUAGAGUUAAAAUAAAUGGCUUGCCAACAGAAGGGAGCCACCUACCUUUCACUGACUGUCCAUCCCACAAGAAAACCUCCAGGCAUUGAAUGACAUCUCUUUUAAAAUAGAAGUGCUGAGCUCCUUUUAUAGUGUGGCAGCCUAGACCUGGGUAUGGUGAAUAGACACUAUGGUGUGCCAUAUGUGGUAUGCCAGCUAUGUAGAAUGUCUAACCCAAGAGACCCAGUGCCUUCAGGAGAGGAGUGGAAGAAAACAGUACAAGUGGAAUGCUGAGGGUUGGAUUUGAAAGCAAAGGUGUUCUAAGGUAUGUGGUUAAAGCCCUACAAUGAAGAGCCGUGCCCAACAUUUUUGUGAUAACCCAAGAUAUGCUUCAAGACUGAUCGAUAGGAAUGUGUGAAUUAUUUUUGAAAAAGUUUGUUUAGUAUCAAGAUAAAACUAUUCACUAAAUUGCAGGCUCUCCGUUGAUGACAGGCGGACAAAAUGUUUUAUUUGUAAUUGGGAUUUUUAAUCCUGAUAACUCGGAGACAUAGAAAGAUGUGCACGUUUUUUAUGAUCGCUGGGCAUCCCAAAGUAUUUUACAGCCAAUGAGGUGUUUUUUGAAUUGGAGUUGCCAUUGUAGGAAAUGUGUUCAAGAGACUGUGGCUGAUUCCAUGUAUUUUCCCUUGCCCCGUAUUCCUCAAUAUUUUUAGUUCACAAAAAUCUUUCAAUCUCUGAUUUAAAAUUAUCAAUUGAUCCAGCGUCAUUCUGGAAGAGAGUUCCAAACUUUCCAUCACCCUUUUUGUGUGGAGCAUGUUUCCUCAUUUCAAUGCCAAUAGGUCCAGUUGUAAUUUUCAGACAGGCCCCAGCCGUUUCUUUAGCUGUUCAUAUCCAUUCCCCUUUAAUAUCUUUAAUUCUUCAGUCAGAUCAUUUGGGAAUACAGCCCUAGUUUGUGCUUUCUCUACCAAAUGUAGCAUUUGGAUUUGAGGCAUCAUUCUGGUAAAUGAGCCUCCAAAGCUGAUAUAUUCUUUCAAAGACUUAGACCCCAGUAUUGCUUUCCGAUUCCAGGUGUAGUCUACGAUGUGGAGGUGUCAGUGUUAGACUGAGGUGGGCAGAGCCAGAAGUCAGACGACACCAGGUUAUAGUCCAACAGGUUUAUUUGAAACCACAAGCUUUCAGAGCGUUGCUGCUUUGUCAGGUGCACUGUGGGCUAGCCAGGGCUUUGCAUCGCUGGAACGUGACUUCUACCCCCUUGCAUUCUGGUUUUCCAGAUGUCAAGUCCAGCAUUCCAGUAGUCUUUUUGAUUCUUUUCUGAGAUUUUAACGUUACGUGUACUUCUUGACUUCCCAACUCUCUACAGUUUCUAGCUUUUCAUAAUUUAGAAAGUAUGCUGUUCACUCUUUUUGAAUCACUCAGUGCACGGGAGCACAGAAUGUGAUUAGGUCGAGUGCUGACACUGGGAAUUCAGUUAAUUGUGGGGGGGCAGGGAUUCAGGGAAGGAGUAUUGCUUUUGAUAUCUUUUCUUCACCGUCUAAGAGAUGGAAUGUUCAAGGCUUUAAUUCAUUGAUUAGUAAGGAAAAUGCUAAAAGGUAAUUAGAGGCAUUCUAUUUGAAUGCAUGCAACCUUUGUAACAGAAUGAAUGAAUUGAUAACCCAAAUAAAAUAAAUGAGUAUGAUAUGACAGCCAUUACAGAGGUAUGGUUGCAAAUUGACCAAGACUGGAAAUAUUGAAAAGGAUUUGAUAUUUCAGAAGCGCAGGAGAAAGGAAAUGGUUGUGAUGUGCCUUUAGUUCAGAGGUUCAAAAUGUGGAAUCAAUUUAGCUCAAGAUAAGACAUAGAAAAGUAAAGAAGUCACUGGAGGGAAUGGUUUAUUGACCCCUGAGAGUUCGUGCACUGUCGGCUGGAGUAGAAAGCAAGAAAUAAUUGGACAGCUAAGAAUGAUACUGCCAUGAUCAUGGGAGAUUUUAAUCUUCAUAUACACUAGGGAAAUUAGCCAGGAAAAUGAGAAUACAUCCUUUAUGUUCUGUUAGGCGCAAAAGAACCAACUGUGUUUAAGACCUAGUUAUGUGUAAUGAGAUGGGAUUUAUUAAUGACCUUUUAUUUUAAAAUAGAAUUCUCUAGGAAUGAGUGAUCACAACAUGAUAGAAUUUCAUAUUUAAUUGCAGGAUAAGAAAUUUGGGUCUGAAAUGUCUUAAACUUGCUCGAAGGCAAUUACAAAGCUAAGAAGAAGAAGUUCGGAUGCCUGAAUAAACUGGCAAGGAAAAUAGAAACAGUAAGAUGUCUAAAAACAGAAAGGAAGAUAGCUAAAGUAAAUAUUGAUGCCAUAGAUGACAUGAGGAAUAGGAAACUAGGAAAUAACAGAGAUUUUGAACAAGUAGUUUCCAUCAAUCUCCACUACAGGAAGUUUUUAAAAAAGCAUUCUAAGUAGAAGAUCAAGAGACAAUCAGAUGACAAGAACUUGAAACUAAGUUUCUAAACAGGGAAACUAAUGGGAACAAAGACAGGAAAAUUUCCCUGGACCUGAUGGCCUGCAUCCCAGAUGAUCUUAUUGAAACAUAUACAGUUAUGAGAGGGCUUGGCAGAGUCAAUGCUGUCAGGAUGAUUCCUCUCCUCGAUAGAGCUAUAGCACAUAGUUUCAAAAUAAGCAGCUUCCCGCUGAAGGUAGAGGUGGAGGAGGAAUUCUUUCUUUGAAAAUCUUGGCAUUCCCUUCCAUAGCAAGCAGUUGAGACUAGGCCAGAGAAUAUAGUCCAGACUGAGCUAGACAGAUUUUGAUGUACAAGGAAGUUGAGGGUCAGGAGGCAUAAACUGAAGUUAAAGCCACAAUUGGGUCAGCAAUGAUAUUACCAAAUAGUGGGGCAGAUGUAGUAAGCCAAAUGUCAUACUCCGGCUCCUAUUACUUAGAUCUUUAUUUGCCUUUUCCCAUAAUCUGCCAGUAUCUCUUUGUAACUUCAAAUUUCUGUUUCCCAUCCACACUGCUUGCAAUGCUACUUACCUUUCCUUCACUGUGCAGUUUUGAUACAAGAGUUUGUAUCCUGUUUAUUAAUAAAGAUGAUGAAUAAUUGAGGCUCAGAUAUAAUUCCUGGCUGCCUUGUCAUUAUCCCUUCUCUCUGUCUCCAGCUGUUCAGUUGAUUUCCUAACCAAGUCAAUAAUUUGCCUUCAUUUCCAUGAGCGUCAACUUCAGCAAACUGUCUCUUCUGAGGAACUUAUCUUUUGGAAGUAACACAUAAUCCCCUGUCCAGUACUUUAAUUACCUCUUUAAAGAUGGACAGUAUAUUGAAAGCUAUUUUGUUCAGUAGUUAAAGUGAGAAAAAGAGGUCAGUCUUCUGGACAUCCCAAGAAAACUAGUGGGAAUUGAACUUGGCAUGGCUUACCUUUUACAAAUCUGUGCUGUCUGUCUCUGACCAGCUGAGAAUUUAAGGUCUUCAGUCAUAUUAUCUCUAGAUGUGGACUCUAGUACUUCAUUAGAUGCUAGGCUAACUGGUUUGUAAAUUCCUAGUAACCCCUCUCAUUUUUCGUAGGGACAUGUGCAGAAUUUUUCCAAUCUAAAUGGACAAUUUAUGAUCAAGAGAACUUUGGAAGCUUAUUGACAAUGCUCUCACCACCAUUCUUUAAAUCUCAGGGAUGGAAAUCAUUAGUUGCUGAAUAUUUUUAUCACUCUUUAGUCCCAUUUUUACCAAAUACUGUUACGUUGUUCACAAUUUUGAGUCCCUGUCCCAAAUUCAAUAUUAGCUUCUUGGGGACGUCCAGCAGAUGGAUCUCUUUCUCCAAAUACUAAUGCAAAGUAACUGUUUACUAGAUCUAAAGUGUCACAAUUAUCUGGUAUCAGUUUUCCAAGUUUAUGUUGCUCUGAAGCAUCCUUUUUUCUUAAUAUAAUUGUAAAACUGUUUUUGUUAAUGAUUUCCUUUGCCGAUUUCUUCGCAUACUCAAACUCUGUUUGUCACCUUUGUUUUUAUACCUGCUUUACUUUGCCAGCAUUUGUACUGCUUUUUAUGCAUUUUCUCUUAGUCAGUGUUGUCUGUCUUUUGUCAUGAAUGGCCUUAUUCUUGAUCAGUAGUACUCUUGUACCUUAGGGGUAUAAAUAUGUUCUGUUUGUAUUAAAUUCUGUUUGAGCCCCAUAUAUUAUCCACUUUACCCAUUAAUAAAUGUACCCAAUUUACUGUG